ACAGGUCGUCAACAGGUGGCAAACAUCACGAUCAACAAUUCUCGAACUCUUGAUCGUGAAACGUGAUUAUCGCCAUGAAAAAAUCGUCGAGUAAUCCUACGAGAAGACUUCGCAUUGCGAGUUUUCUAUGUCUGUUUUUUAUGAUCGCGGAAUUUGUAGGGGGUUAUUUUUCAAACAGUUUAGCCAUCAUGACAGACGCUGCCCACAUGCUAUCUGACUUCGCUGGGUUCAUGAUUUCUUUGUUCGCAAUCUGGGUCGCGACAAGACCUGCGACCAAGACGCUCUCGUACGGAUGGUAUCGCGCGGAGGUUAUGGGCGCUGUUCUCUCUGUCCUUGUUAUAUGGGUGCUAACGGGGGUAUUGGUUUAUAUGGCGCUUCAAAGACUCAUCAUGAAAGAAUAUGAAGUUGACGCCAAGGUCAUGUUGAUCACUGCAUCGGGAGGACUUCUCAUUAACGUCAUUAUGGGAGCCAUUUUAUACCAAAAGGGUCACGGUCAUAGCCACGGGGGUAUGAGCGGUCACGGUCAUAGUCACACAACGAAAGGUCAAAGUCACAGUCACACAAGCCCUGGCAAGUCACCGUCUAGUGUUGUCACGAUAGAGGAAGAAGAGAACGUGAACGUUCGAGCUGCGUUUAUUCAUGUUAUCGGUGACUUCUUGCAGAGUCUUGGAGUCUUUGUAGCGGCGCUUAUCAUUUGGUUUAAGCCUGAGUGGGCGAUAGCAGAUCCUAUAUGCACUUUUAUAUUCUCUAUCAUCGUAUUAUUCACCACGCUGGCAAUAUUAAAAGAUGCACUCAUAGUACUUAUGGAAGGUAUGCCUAAAGGCCUGAGCUUCAAUGAUCUCAAGACUAGCUUAACAGCGAUACCUGGGGUGGAGGCUGUGCACGACUUGCACGUGUGGUCUCUUACAGUCGGCACUGAUGCUCUUUCAGUUCACCUAGUUGUAGAUAAUAGCGCAAACACACAAGAUAUUCUAGAGGCUGCCUCUCAAGUGUGUAGCAAGAGUUUUGACAUUCACCAUAGCACUAUUCAGAUAGAGACUGACAAUGGGAGCCGCAAAGAAAGCUGCAAAAAGUGCGACGACCCACAAGACUAGAAAAUCAACCCUUUCCUUUUAAAUUCUCCCUAUACUUUUGCGUGCUACACAAUGAUAGGGUUGGUAGAAUUCGGCGAUCAUUUCAUCUUAAAUAUCGAAAUAAUACACAUAAUUCUCAUUGACUUACUGCUUGAUCGUUGAUCUUGGAUAAAAUGGAGUGUCAAGUUGAACAUUUUCUGGAGGAUAUAUGAAUGCAUGGCAACACCUACACUUAUUGUACGGUCAUAGUACUAGUACAGUUACACGUGACUUAUAGCAAGCGAAAUUGCGGUGCAAGGAGAUCUUGUUGCAAGGCACAGCCACUAUAUACGGAGCAUAGCAGCAGGAUAGCACAGUGUGGUCUUAUCUAAUCACAAAAAUUUUCAUCCUCACGCGCCAGAGCUCGACGUUUGAUUCUUAAUGGAAAAAGGGGGCUUAAAGUAAGCUGACACGUGACCAGCACUCACCAGUGCCCAACCUCUCCUAGCCCCUAGGCUCUGCCUAGUUUCCAGGGCCCCCACCCUGAAAGGGGAAAGGUUGGUGUGGGAUGGACCCUAGCGCCCGAGGAUGGGUAAUUGUUAGGUCAUUAUACGAUAACAGUACACACAUGUGGCAAGGAAAUACCGCCAUUCGCCAUUCUUUCGUUGCGCCGGUGAUUGGGUCGAACAGCAUGCUGGGACGAAUUAAGGUGACGCAAUCCAACAUGGUGGCGUAAUGUUGAUACUGAAUGGAAGCUAGCAAAUGAUAGGAUUUGGCAAUUCUGUUCCUGGAAUACCUUCGUUAGUUACAUCACAAUAUCAACAUUGAAGUCGUUCGACGCCAUGUUGAAAUGAGUCCCCUAAAAUCAUCCCAGCAUGCUGUUCGCUUAUCAACUCGGCCCAAUCCCCGCGCAACGUAAGAAUGGCGAAUAUGGUUGAGUUACAGCACCGACAAGGCCCGAACAAGGCAUGGUAGAAAUACAGGGCACACUUUUUAGUUUAGAUAGGAGUAAAGAAUUGUUUUAGGACAUGCUUGAGGUUCCAGUGCCUUUCUUUUUUCGCACGGUAUGCUUGUCCACGAACAUGACUUAUGAUAAAAUUGAAUUACAUGGUAUGUUUGUAAAUAAAGGAAUUGAACCAGCAA